UAAAAACGAAAAUGAUAUAGUUCCGAAAACCAAAAGCUUUUCGAAACUAAACAAGGCCUAAGUUAGGUCUGAAAAAGGCAAGCAAGAAAAAGCAGAGCGUGUUUGAUUAGAAUUAGCAACAGCAAGCUGGCUAGCUAGCCUAGCCAGCACUAAGAAGCUAAGCUACCCUGUGCCUGUGAUCCUCUGACAGAGCUUAGACCCGGGCCCGCCGAAUUAACAAGUGAUUAACAGAUGCCAUGCUAGAGCGGCAUAUACAGUGACAUCCCUCCCACCCAGACGGAGCGGCUCCAAAUGCAUGCAUGCCCUGCGUCGUCGCUCGACGCUCUCUCUGCCGAAUCAAGAGCUGUACGUUUUGUCCAUGGUGGGGAGAGCUGUCUCGCGUCCUCUCGCUGCCACGUACAACAAGCGUUGGUUAAUCCUGCCUGGCGACUAAAAUAACCUAAGCGAGAGCCGAGAGGGGGUUUUGUGUGGAGUUGAUUAAAGCGAGCGAGCUGCUCCUAACCUGUCUGCAUCCAUCAGAGUAAUCAAAAAUCAUUUGCUUGUCCUCUUCCAUGCAUGCAUGCGCCGCACCCCACCAACUCGGCUGCCUGCUUCCACCCUGGCCUGCGCCUGCCGCGUCGUUCGUAUACAUAUACUCCCUCUCGCUGGCCCCCAAGGCGUCGUCUCAUAUCCUCUGAUCUCCUGAUCCCCCCCUGUCUCUCGUCUCUGACUGCGAUCGAAGUUGGUGACUGCGUGUUCAUGGGGAACACGCCGUCGUGCAUACUGCUGGCGGUGGCGGCGCCCGCCGCGGGGGGUGGCGGCCGCGCCUCGUCGUCGUCGUCGUCGUCGUCGGCGGCGGCGGCCACCAACACCACCACCAAGGUGAUCCACGCGGACGGCACCGUGACGCGGCUGGCGCGCCCGGUGCGCGCGUCGGAGCUCAUGCUCGACCACCCGGGCCAGUUCGUCUGCGACGCCCGCCGCCUCGCGGUCGGCUGCCGCGUCCCCGGGGUGGCCGCCGACGAGCUCCUCCAGCCGCGCCACGCCUGCUACUUCCUCCUGCCCAUGGACAUGCUCUACUCCGUGCUCACAGACGACGAGAUGGCCGCGCUCUCCGACUCCCACGCCGCCACGGCCGCCGCCGCCUCCGCCUGGAAGAGGAUCAGGGUCACCACGGCCCCCCACCACCACCGCGGCGCCCCCGACCGCCGCCACGUCCGCCGGGGCCCCGCGAAGGACGAGGCCUGCAGCGAUGGCGCCAGGGUGUACCCGAUGCUCGGCCUGCUGGCGACCGGCGAUCUCGGCGCAGAUAAUAACAAUAAACCUCAAUUACGCGCCGGCCGGCCCGCAGCCAAGUCGGGCGGCGGCGGCGGCGGCGGCACCGGGUUGAGACGGCACCGGCCAUGGCAGCCAGUGCUGGACACCAUCGAGGAGGUUCCGUGACGCGGCGGGCGCGCGGCCGGUUGACCGGCGGGACGCCGCAGGACAGGAGUGAGCAGCUUUGGUUGCGCUGGUGUUAGGCGGGCGGCAGCUAGCUUGAGCUGGCUUCCGAGUGUACAGUAGCUAGCUUCCAGCUAUUCUUUUUCUCUUUGCCUUUUCCAUUUUUUUUUGUAAAGCUAUUGUUUUUUUUUUCGGGUCUACACACGCACGGCUGGCAAUUUGGUUGUCAAGUUUUUGUGCUCGGGAAACGAAAUAAGAAAAUCGAGAGCUUUUUUUUAAA